UGCAUCAUGGGAAUGCUUUUCCUCCUCUCGGAGUGCAAUUCUGCUCUGCUGAGUUUGAGAGAAGGGAGGAAGGGCGCAAGCGCGGCACCGGCUCUCCGCUCCCUGCAGCCUGUUCCCUCAGAGUCACCAAAGUGGGCGAGGGAGGAAAGGUCCCAGCUUUACUGGAAGGGGAAAAUGGUGGGGGAUGCCCCUAGAAGAAGACUCUUGUCCUGACACUUUUCCCUGGAGUUCCAGGACAGUGCCUGAUGGGAAGGAAGAGAUUCUGGAAGGUCCAGCUGUUCCUGGUCAUCCUGGCUGGACCAAGAGGUCUUGAGUGGAGUCAUGUUGGGAGAAGAGCUCGGAGGUCAUGACUCUGGAGGAGUUGGCCUGAGUACUUGGGGGAAGAAGUGAAGAUUUCCAGAGGAUCGGCAGGGAGAAGGGCAUGUUGCCAGUGUGGGGAUGGCUCAGGAGAGGUCUUGUGAAGGAUGGACCAGGAGGGGAGAAAUGAACUGUCCCAGCAGCUGACCCCCAUCCUUCUCUUCCUUGCUCUCCUCCGCUGCUCCACAGGCAGCGUCAGUGCGCCAGCACUCUCUGUCAGGCUCCUUUCACAGUUGGAAAGCCCCUGGGACGGUGAAAGAGCUCAGCCUUCCAGGGACUGCCCUUCCCCAGGCAGAGGCAUGGAGGGUACGGAGAGAAUGACUUCUGGUUUCCUUAUAGCCACAUUUCAGGAAUCUGUGACAUUCAAGGAUGUGUCUGUGGACUUCACCCGGGAGGAGUGGAGGCACCUGGAUCCUGCCCAGAGAGCCCUGUACAGGGAUGUGAUGUGGGAGAACUAUGAGAACCUGGUCUCUGUGGGGAUUCCUGUUUGCAGACUGGAUCUGACCUCCCUGUUGGAGAAGCAAGAAGCAGCAUGGAAUCCAGAGAGCAGAGGCCCAAGAGCGUCUUGUCUGGAUUCCCUUAAUAAGGAGAUGAAAUUUAAGACAAGAAACUCAAGUCUGAUACAGAACAUUUGCGUAGAAGCAUCAUCCAAGAAGAGACUGCAAAAGGGCUCAACCUGGCAUUGCAAGAUGAACAAAUCUGAGGAAUAUGAUGUUGAUUUAGAAAAACCAAAGGGCAACCUGGAGAGACAGUCCAGAGAAGUAACAGUCACUCCCAAAUCAACUUUUAAUAAAGGAAGUGGACCUCAGAGUAAUACAUCUGGGAGAAGAUUUAGCUUUGAGUCAGUCUUUGUUGCACUUUGGAGAGGAACAAUGGGGGGGAGUCUCUAUAAAUAUAAGACACUUAGAAAGGGCACCAAAGAUUUUCCUGCCCCAAUUACUUGUAAUACAUUCUCUUUAGGGAGGAAUUUUCCCAAGUAUAUCCACUGCAAACAGCCCUUUAGGUACCACUCAGACCUAAUUAAAUUUCAUAGAAUACAUGCUGGACAGAAGCAGUGUAAACACAAGAAAUGUGGCAAAGCCAUUGGCAGGAGGUUGAAUUUUAUUGGUUAUAAGAAUAGAGAGAAAUGUAAGUGUAAGAAAUAUGAGAAAGCCUUCAGCUACAAGGGAAACUUGACUAAACACAAAAGAAUUCAUAUGAGAGAAAAACCUGUUGAAUGUAAUGAAUUUGAAAAAGUCUUCAGUGAGAAGGGAUAUAUUACUCAUCAGGGAAUUCACACUGGAGGGAAACCCUUUGAAUGUAACAAAUAUGGGAAAGCCUUCAGUAAGAAGGGACUCCUUAAUAGACAUCAUAGAAUUCAUACUGGAGAGAAAUGCUUUAAAAAUAAUGCGUGUGGAAAAGUUUUCAGUGACGGUGCAGAAUUUAUUACCCAUAAGAGAAUUCAUACUAGGAAGAAACUUUUUGAAUCUAGUGAAUGUGGGGAAGGCUUUAACCAGAGAGAACACCUUAUUAGUCAUCAGAGAAUUCAUAUUAGAGAGAAACCCUUCGCUUUUAAUGAGUGUGGAAAGGCCUUCAGUGAGAAGGGAAACCUUAUUGCACUUCAGAGAUCUCAUACUGAUGAGAAACCCUUUGAAUAUAAUGAAUGUGGAGAAGACUUUAGCCAGAGGGAAACCCUCAUUAUUCAUCAGAGAACUCAUACUGGAGAGAAAUGCUUUAAAAGUAACAAGUGUGGAAAAGCUUUCAGUGACAGUGCACAGUUUAUUAUCCAUAAGAGAAUUCAUACUAGAGAGAAACCUUUUGAAUGUAAAGCUUGUGGGAAAGCUUUUAAUAGUAAGAAAAGGCUUUAUAGACAUCAGAGAAUUCACACUGAAGGGAAACCUGGAUGUAAUGAAUGUGGGGAAAGCUUCAACCAUAGGGAAAGCCUUAAUAAUCAUCAGAAAACUCAUACUAGAGAGCAACCCUUUGCAUGUAGUGAGUGUGGGAAAGCCUUCAGUGAUAGUCAAAUACUUAGAAGUCACCAAGGCCUUCAUACUGGAGAGAAACCUUUUGAAUGUAAUGAGUGUGGGAAAGCCUUCAGUGAAAGGGGUCGCCUUAAUAGACAUGAGAGGAUUCAUACUGGAGAGAAACCGUUUGAAUGUAAUGAAUGUGGGAAAGCCUUCAGUGAGAGUGGACAUUUUAUUAUUCAUCAGAGAAUCCAUACUGGAGAGAAGCCAUUUGAAUGUAAUGAAUGUGGGAAAGCCUUCAGUGAGAGGGGAAGCCUUAAUAGACAUCAGAGAAUUCAUACUGGAGAGAAACCCUUUGGAUGUAAUGAAUGCGGGAAAGGCUUCAACAGGAGGGAAAACCUUAUUAGCCAUCAGAGAACUCAUACUAGAGAAAAACCCUUUUCUUGUAAUGAGUGUGGGAAAACCUUUAGCCAGAGGGGAAACCUUACUACCCAUCAAAGAACUCAUACGGGUGAGAAACCCUUUGCCUGUAAUGAAUGUGGACAAGCCUGUAGUCAGAGAGCAAGUCUCAUUUAUCAUCAUAGGAGUCAUACUGGAGAAAAACCCUUUGACUGUAAUGAAUGUGGGAAGGCCUUCUGUGAGAGAGGAAACCUCAUUGCACAUCAGAGGACUCAUACUGGGGAGAAACCCUUUGAAUGUCAUGAAUGUGGAAAAGACUUUAGCAGGAGGGAAAACCUUAUUAGUCAUCAGAGAACUCAUACUGGAGAGAAACCUUUUGAAUGUAAUGAAUGUGGGAAAGCUUUUAGACAAAAGGGAAGCCUUAUGACCCAUCAGAGGAUUCAUACUGGAGAGAAACCCUUUAAUUGUAAUGAAUGUGGGAAAGCCUUUAGUGUGAGGGGAAACCUUAUUGCUCAUCAAAGAACUCAUACUGGAGAAAAACCCUUUACCUGUAAUGAAUGUGGGAAAGCCUUCAGUGGAAAGGGGUAUUUUAUUACACAUCAGAGAACUCAUACUGGAGAGAAACCUUUUGCAUGUAAAGAAUGUGGGAAAGCUUUCAGUGAACGGGGAAGCCUCAAUAGACAUCAAAGAAUCCAUACUGGAGAGAAAACCUUUGCAUGUAAUGAAUGUGGGAAAGCCUUUAGCCAAAGGGCAAGUCUUAUCACCCAUCAGAGAACUCAUACUGGAGAGAAACCUUUUCCAUGUAAUGAUUGUGGGAAAGCUUUCAGACGGAGGAGAAACCUCAUUACACAUCAGAGAAGUCAUACUGGAGAUAAACCCUUUGUUUGUAAUGUAUGUGGGAAAGCCUUCAGUGAGAGGGGACACUUUACUACCCACCAGAGAAUUCAUACUGGAGAAAAACCCUUUGAAUGUAACGACUGUGGGAAAGCCUUCAGUGAGAAGGGAAGCCUUACUAGACAUCAAAGAACUCAUACUGGAGAGAAACCCUUUGCAUGUAAAGAAUGUGGGAAGGCCUUCAGUGGGAGAGCAAACCUUAUUAGACAUCAAAGAACACAUACUGGAGAGAAACCAUUUGCAUGUAAUGAAUGUGGAAAGGCCUUCAGUGGGAGAGCAAACCUUGUUAGACAUCAGAGAAGUCAUACUGGAGAGAAACCUUUUGCAUGUGAUGAAUGUGACAUAGCUUUCAGUAGGAAGGCAAACCUUAUUGCCCAUCAGAGAGUUCACACUGUUGAACAACCCUUGGAACAUAGAGAACAUGAGAAAGCUUUCAUUAAGAGGGAACUACCCAAAAAUUGCCAGAGAAUUAAAACUGUACAAAAACCUUUUGCUUGUAAUGAAUGUAAGAAGUCCUUCGGAGAGAGGAAGCAUCUUAUCACUCAUCAAAGAGUUCAUACUGGAGUGAAGCAUUUUGAUAAUAAUAAAUACAAAGAAUAGUUUUUAAUGGUUUUGUGUCAGCCUCGCAGGAGGUCUCCAGUGCAGUGCUGGAAGUCUCUUCUUGACUUGUACUUAACAUUUAUGUCUGUGACUUGGAGAAAGGUUUAGACGGUGUGCUUGUCACAUUUACAGUUGACACAAAGGUGAAAGGAAGAGCUGAAACACCAGAUGAGAGUUAGGAUCCAGAAGGAUAUUGAUAGGCUGGAGUACUAGGAUGAUUCUAGUAAGGUGAAAUUCAGUGGGAAUAAAUAUCAAGUCGUAUCCUAGAGUACAAAAUUCCAUUUCACAAAUAUAAGAUGUCAUGGCAUGGUUAGACAGCAGUUCUGAAAAAACAUCUUGGAGUUUUAGUGGCCUGCAAGCUCAACAUGAGUUAACAAUGUAAUGUGGGAGACAAAGAACCUAAUGUGAUUUUAGGCUACAUUAAGUAAAACAUAGAUUCUAGGAAUUAUGGAGCAAAUAGUAACACCACUCUGCCCUCCUCUGACAUCUGAAUUCUGUGUUUACUUCUGAGCAGCAGGUCACAAGGUUGCUAUUGAUAAGGGAAAGAAUAUUUAGGAAAGGGCGGCUCAGAUGAUGCCUUGAGUCCAUGUCAUGAGGAAUGGGCUUAGAGGAACUGGACAUGUUAACCCUGGUAAAGAGAAAACAGGAACAUGGUUCUGUUUUCAAGUAAUUGAAAAGCUAUCACGUGAGACAGAUUAGGUGUUUUGUUUGACCCUAUAGGACACAACUAGGAUCAGUGUGCAGAUGUUGCAAAAAUUUUAAUGUAGGUUUCUUAUGAGAAAAAACACUCCAUAACAAUUGAAGUAUAAAAAUAGACUGCCUGGGGAGGCAGUGGAUUCCUCCUCAGAUGUCUUCAAACAAAAGCUAUAUGACCAUUUGUUGGAUAUUUUCUUACAAUAUCAUUUCUGUUUCUGUUUGAGAUUGGAAUGGAUAACCACUGGAGUCUAUCUCAAAUUUUAUGAUUCUGUGAAUUGACUUCACUAAGAAUGGGCUAUAUGUGAAAGUCGAUGCCCAUUUAUUGGGGAUGGAUGGGCAGAUUGUAGUAUGUGAAUUUAAAUGGAAUAAUUCUGACCUGUAAAAA